AUGUUUGUCUGCGUUAUUAUACUGAUCGUGGGUUUCCCACUGGGACAUGCUUUAAGUGUGUCUCAGCCAUACUAUGCACUGGGAGAAGAGGGGCGAGUGUCUAUAUAUUGCACAGUUAAAGCAAAAUUACAGCCAGAAGAAAUGCAAGUGACUGUAUAUAAGGGAAUGCAUGGAGAAAAAAGGAUCUGCAGUGCCUAUGUCAACACCUCAAACCCUCACAUAGAAACAAAUGGUAGAAUCUACUGCAGAGGUAUUGUAAACAAAGAAAGAGUGGACCUGACCAUCUUUGGCUUGAGAGGGGAGGAUACUGACCUCUAUCGAUGCCAAAUAGAUGUCAUUUUCCCACCACCAUACAUCAGCAGGUAUGGGAAUGGCACGCUGAUCUACAUACCAGACAGACCAGACUGCCCCCCUGAACACUCUCAAGCUAGGAUUAUGGAAACCCCCGAGAUCACAUAUAACCAAACCCUCGCAUUUCCCAACAUUCUGCUCUUUGCUAUUCUCAUAACCACCACCAUCACCCUCAUUCUACAGGUGAUGAAAAUGAUCCUGACACGACGGAAAUCCAAUCACAUGACACAAACACUUUCACAGAAAGGCGAUUACAGGAACUUUUGGUGAUAUGUACAAAACUUAUCAGUGAUAUUCAUCUGAGUUUGCAUUACCAAAGAUUUAUAAUAUUAUAUUAUUAUAGUAAUAAAUGACAAAUAUAUCUCAUUUUAUCUGAAGGUAGAUAAAAAAGUCAGCUUGUUGCAAAGCUUCCUGUGCAAUUUCUUUCUAAUUUUCACUGGAAAAGAAACAUUACAUGUUUCCUAUGGAAGUGUACCCAAUGUUGAAUUACUGCCUCUCAGUGAAUUAAA